AAACAGGAAGCGGCUGGUCUCUGCUCAGCCAUUGCAGUUGUCGUGGCUCAGUAACAAAACACGGAGAAGAAAAAAAAAGGAGAGGAAGACCUGGCUUCUUCUCGCAGGCUCUCUGUUUCUUUCCCCCCCGCUCACCAGAAGACUCACUUACAUGAUUACAAGAGCGAACACGGUUCGGUAAAUUACUCUAACGCCUGAAUAAACGGGAUUCAACAGCUCCGGAUAUGUCAUUCAUAUUUGAUUGGAUUUAUAGCAGUUUCAGUAGUGUACUACAGUUCUUAGGACUGUACAAGAAAUCCGGCAAGUUAGUAUUUCUUGGCCUGGACAAUGCUGGCAAAACGACACUAUUGCACAUGCUUAAAGAUGACAGAUUGGGACAGCAUGUGCCAACUUUACACCCAACCUCGGAAGAGCUGACGAUUGCUGGCAUGACUUUCACCACCUUCGACCUUGGAGGCCACGCACAAGCCCGCAGAGUGUGGAAAAACUACCUCCCUGCCAUCAAUGGCAUUGUCUUCCUUGUGGAUUGUGCAGACCUCACCAGAUUGGCCGAAUCAAAAGCAGAACUCGAUGCAUUAAUGACAGACGAGACCAUCGGAAAUGUGCCUAUUCUGAUCCUGGGCAACAAGAUCGACAGACCAGAGGCCAUCAGUGAGGAGAAGCUGAGGGAACUUUUUGGAUUGUACGGACAGACGACAGGCAAG